AUGACGGUAUCACAGGCCGAACCUGACGCCGUGGCGCCGGCAGCAAUACGCCCCAAUCCUCACCACGAGGAGUAUCAGUACCUUGACCUGGUCCGCGAGGUCCUCGAUCAUGGCGAGCUACGCCACGACCGCACCGGCACAGGCACCUACUCAAUCUUCGCCCCACGACCGCUAAAAUUCUCCCUCAACCGCUCCGGGACGCCCAUCCUCCCGCUCCUGACCACAAAACGCGUCUUCACCAAAGCCAUAAUUGCCGAGCUCUUGUGGUUUAUAUCAGGGGACACCUCCGCCAAAACGCUUUCCGCCCAAGGCGUCAAGAUCUGGGACGGCAACGGGUCGCGCGAGUUCCUCGACAAGCUGGGGCUGACGGCACGGGCCGAAGGCGAUCUGGGCCCCGUCUACGGGUUCCAAUGGCGGCACUUUGGGGCCGAGUACGUCGAUGCGCAGACCGACUAUAGCGGACAGGGGGUGGACCAGCUGGCGCGCAUCAUUUCGACGCUCAAGACGAAUCCGUACGACCGGCGGCUGAUUCUCAGCGCGUGGAACCCGGCCGACCUGUCCAAGAUGGUGCUGCCGCCGUGCCACAUGUUUGCCCAAUUCUACGUUUCCUUUCCUGGUUCCCGCACCUCGCCGCCCCCCAGCUCCGAGGAUCAAGGACAACAACCCCCGACCAAAGGCCACCUGCACUGCCAGCUGUACCAGCGCUCGUGCGACAUGGGGCUGGGCGUGCCAUUUAACAUCGCUAGCUACGCGCUGCUCACGCACAUGAUUGCGUACGUGUGUGAUCUGGUCCCUGGGAGCCUGACCCACGUCAUGGGCGAUGCGCACGUCUACCUGAAUCACAUCGAGGCGCUCGAAACACAGCUGCAGCGGGAACCAAGGGACUUUCCCGAGCUAGAGAUUGCGAAGGACAGAGAGCGGGGAAUUGAUGGGUGGAAGGCCGAAGAUUUCAUCAUCAAGGGAUAUAAUCCGCAUAAGGUCAUUGCGAUGGAGAUGUCUGUGUAA